UCUCACAGGAAAAAGGAAGGCGCAUUGUUCAUUAUAUACUGAAGGACACCACUGGGAGUUCUCUUCUUGCUGUGGUGGGGAGAGACAGGAGUGUUAAUCACAUGGCAUAUGUGAUUUCGGAGGACUUUUUACGUGUUUUUGCAUCCACGAGUGAAGUUCAUGCUGGAACUAAGUGGAGAGCAAGACGAGAUGUUGUUGAAUGGCUCAAAUCAGUGGUCUCAAGAGGCGGUCCAAUCUUCGCUAACUCAACCAAUCCUUCCUCUCUCAAGUGCCAAGUUUCCGGGCGAAGCAACAAUGGACAGAGUCCAACUCAAGAAGUUGAUGUUUCUGCUCCUGAGGAACCUGCAAUGCAAGCUUCCAAAAGAAUCAAAAGCUGCCAUUUGGAUCAGACCCUUGAGAGGAGUUGUGCUGGUCUCACAAAUUUAGUCUCCAACAAUAGAGUAACAAAAUGGGAACCAACUCAUGAGAGAGUGAAUAUCAAACUAUCCAGCAACGGGCGUCCUAUUGCUAAGCUUGUCGUGCCUGAGCCACAGUGUCAAGUCAUUUCCAAGUUCAAUGGAGAUAUUGAGCUUCUUUGUCAAGACAGUGGCAUGAAAGGCUGCUGGUUCAGAUGCAAGAUCUUGCAUUCAUCAAAAAAUCGUCUAAAGGUCCAAUUUGAAGAUGUAUUGGAAGUUGAUGGACCUGGAAAGCUGGAGGAAUGGGUUCCAGCAUACAGAGUGGUAGCUCCUGAUAGGUUGGGUCUGCGAUGUGUGGAACGCCUCACAGUUAGGCCUCGGCCUUGUGAGUAUUCUUCCGACAUUAUAUUUGAGGUUGGCGCUGCAGUUGAUGCGUGGUGGUGCAACGGCUGGUGGGAAGGUGUUGUCCUUGGAUACGACACGCUGACAAAAAGUAAUCUUCAAGUUUACUUCCCCGGUGAGAACAGGUUCCUGACUGUUGCGAGGAAGAAUAUUAGAGUUUCAAGAGAUUGGAUUGACAACAAAUGGGUCAAUAUCGAAGCAAAGUCCGAUAUACUCUCUUUCUUGUCCUCAAUUUUCAGCACUGAGCCCCAACUGCUGCCACUCCCCGUUUUAGCUGAGACUAAUAGUUCGGCACAGUCGAAUAGUGAAGUUCUCAAUCCUCAAAAACUUGAAGUAUCUGAAGAUGAUAAAUGGCAGAUAUCAAGUUCAUCAAGAGGCGUUCAGGAACUUAAUUUAAAGAAACGACUUAUAAUUAAAUGCAAUGACGUGAUGUAUUGCAGAAGUCCUUGAUAGGCAGCUUCUGAUGCUACAGCAAGCCUAUGCUGGAUUAUACUUUGGCUGCCAGCCUAAAAACUGUGAAGAUUGUUCAACUGCUCUGGAGAAAUUUUGGUUCUGUAUCUCCUGCCUGCAUUAGUUUAUAUUUACGUUUUCUGGAAAGUACAGUAUUCUAGAUAAGGCAAAUAGGCGAAUGAAAAGCUUCACUGAUUUUCGUCUUUCUUCUUUUGUUUGGGGGGUGCGGCAAGGCUAAGGGAUUCUUUGAAUAUAGUUUUAGUGUGAAAAUAGAGCAACAGUAAAAACAGGUUUUGCCCAUGGCAUACUGAAAUGCUGCCCUCUCACGUCCAGCAUGUCGAACUUUGGCUAUAUAAACUUACUAUAUAUAUGUGUAUAUAAACACAAGUGCCUCUUGUUUUUGUGGAUGCAAUAUUUCUGCUUUUGGCACCAUCAUCUUUUUCAUUUUUUUUGUUUUUGAGUUUUCAGUUUUCAGGUUUAAGUUCAAUAAGGGAAUACAAAGACGCUCUCAUCCCUCUCAGAAACAUACCUCAUAGUACUGUUGCAACUACUAUAAUUCUUUUCCAAAGGCAACAUGCAACUGCAAGAUUUGACUUGUUCCCAGGGUAUCAGUGGACCUUUACAAGCUUCCCAAAAGAAUGACUGUCUUACAAUAGGGG